AAAUAGGCUUCUCUUUUGGUAAUAUAACUCACGUCAUUUGUUAUUUUGUCUUUUGUGAGUCCAUAUGAACUAGAGGGGCAUGAAUGUGCAACUACUUUAGACCUCAAAUUACUUUCAGUUUCCAUUUACAAUAAAUGCUCACAUCUUGUAACACCCUGUUACGAACACUCUUUGAAGAAAUUGCAGCUAAGAUUUGCUGCCAUAUACCAUCGUACCCAUCUGCGCAUUAGACUAUAGGCUGCUGAAGAAGGUAUAUUUUGGACAAACUGUGUGUGCUUAUACAUUUAUAAGAGGAAAAAAGAAAUGGGAGGAUCAAAAUCAAAACAAACACCCACUGAUGAUUCUUCCAAAAAGCUGGACAAACCAUGGAGGAACUUUGACUGGGAACAGAAGGACAGACUUAAAGAACGCCUAGAAAAGUUUCAGCUGAGCAGUCCAGAUCUUAAUUGCGUCAAGCUCCUGGUAGCUGGACAAAUUGGAGCAGGAAAGUCCAGCUUUAUUAACUCAGUCAACAGUGCCUUUCAAGGACAGAUUGUCUGUGAUGCACAAGCUGAUGCUCAAUCAGCAGCCAGUCACAGUUAUACAAAAAAACUGGAAGGAUACCGCAUCAAAAAUGCAGAUGCAGAUUUGCCUUUUGAAAUCUGUGAUGUAAUGGGUUUAGAACCACAAGAAUUAUCUGGGUUACAACCAGAAGAUGUUGUCAAGAUCAUACACGGCCAUGUGAAGGAGGGCUAUAAGUUUACAGAGAAUCCAAUAACUAGUAAAAGUGAAUCAUACAAUGAAAUCCCUUCACUGUCAGAUCAAGCAUUCUGCCUGGUGUACGUUGUGGAUGCAAAUACAAUCCAGUUAAAGUCAGAUGAUACAACACUUCUUAAAAAGCUGAGGCUCAUCCGCAAGAAACUCACUGAUGAAGGCAUUCCUCAGGUGAUUGUCCUGACUAAAGUGGAUGAAGCAUGUAAACUGGUCGAAAGUAAUCUAAAGGACAUCUACUACAGCAUUACAAUUAAAAAAAAGAUGGAGUUCUGCAGUGCAGAGAUUGGCGUGCCAAUGACCAUGAUUUUCCCUGUCAAGAACUACCAUAAUGAGGUUGACACAGAUGACUCUGUUGAUGCUUUGAUACUUAAGGCAUUUGAUCAAAUUGUGCGUUCAGCUAAUGCCAGACUAAGCCGUGGAUCUUCCAAUGAAUAAGAAAUGAAUGUUGACGACCUGAGAAUGUUGUAGAGCAGAAGAACACAGUUAUGUUUUACUGGGUAAAAUAUAGGCUUAUAGAUUUUUAGAAUAACACCUACAAUUGUAUUUAGGAUGAAUAUGAAAUAACCCAUAUGUAAUAAUCUUUAUCAAGACACGUUCUAUGUAUACAUCAUGAUAGAAAAACAUUUGACAAUGGUAAAGGGUAUCACACAUAGGCCUAUCAGAAGUUUUGAAGCAUCCUUAUGGAUGGUUUAAAAAUUGAUGUUUAAAAUAAUAAUAAUAAAAAAUAAAUAAAUAAAUAAAUAAAUAACAAAAAAGUAAAUUUGCAUCUUUAUGAAGAUCCAAUUUAAAUAGCUCACUCGUGUGAAUAUUAGCAAAUAUCGAGUAGUGCAUGCAAAUAUUGAACUGUACUUCAACAGUAAAAGCUUUACCUAUUUCACCUUCUCUAGCAGGGAGUCUAGCAGAGUAUUAACAUGUUAAUCAGCAAUACUAUCUUUUAUAACCCUUAUAAUAAUUAUAAUUCUAUAGUAAAGUCUGUGAUAAUUUUUUUUUUUUUUUUUGCAUGUAGCAAAUACAAAGAUAAAUAUAAUUAAUUGCUGUAUAUGUAAUAGAAUAUAGCAAAAAGUUGCUAGUUGUAAUAGCGAUUAAUUCCGGAUUCAGUCAGCAUGCAUGGAGAUGUUCCUAUUGUAUUGCAUGUUUGGAAUCUGCGUAAAUGAAAUCCUAAAAGCAACUAUUUUUGUCUACAUAACAUUCUUGACCACAUUCUUAGUGAAGAAAUUGUAAAUAAAGGAUCUGUGUGAGAGU